AUGGCUGCUGCAAUCAAGGCUAUCAAUGCCAAGAUCCGCUCCAACAAGGUGCUGGACUAUGUCUGCUCAACCCACUUUUGGGGCCCGGUCUCCAACUUCGGUAUCCCGUUCGCCGCUGUGAUGGACACGCAGAAGGACCCUGAGAUCAUCUCCGGAACCAUGACUGCCGCUCUCACAGUUUACGCCGCUACUUUUAUGCGCUACUCGCUCGCCAUCACGCCCAAGAAUUACCUCCUCUUCGCCUGCCACUUGACCAACUUCGGUGCCCAGACUACCCAGGGAUACCGGUAUCUGUCCUACUGGAACUGGGGCGGCCGCGAAGCCAAGCUCGCCGAGGAAGCCAAGAAGGGCAAGGAAGCUACCGAGGCCGGGGCGUAG